GGGUAACAGCAAAAGCAAGAAGAAGGGGAAGGGGAACAAGGAUGGCGAGAGCCGCGGGGGUGCGGAAGAAGAAGAAGAAGGAGACGAGGCCGACGGCGGGUUCGGGCGCAUGAGCGAGGUCGUCGUCCUGCGGAACAUGCUGGAGGGCAUGCCGGACCUCAUGGCCGAGAUGGAGGCUGGCCUGGCGCAGGAGAUUGGCGAGGAGUGCGGCGAGAGGUACGGCCGCGUCGAGAGGCUGUUCAUCGAUGUCGAGGACAGGCAGGUUUUCAUCAAGUUCACAGACCAGGUCUCGGCGCUGAGGGUAAGAAGCUUUUUAACAUCCGCACCCGCCAAACUCUUCCAAUCCUCCUCCCAUUCUGCACCUGUCGCGAGUCGAGGGAGAGCUAGCUGACAUUAUCAACCCCUAUUUUCAGGCCGUAAAUGCCCUCGAGGGCCGCAUCUUCAACGGCAACACUAUCAUGCCUAGGUUCUACGACUCGGACAAGUUCGAGCACGGCGUCUACAAGUGAGAGGGUGUAUGCAUGACCUGAGUAUAGGCGG